AUGCUGAUUUUAGACGCAGGUUCCACUUCCAUUCUGUCAAAGAUUCCGGUUGAAAAACUAGAGUCGUCAAGACUUUGGACUUCAGAAGCCCUUGUGCAAUUUCCAAACGAAGUAUUGCAACACCAUAAGGAUUACCUUAAAGUAUGUGAUAUUAUAAGCACAUUUACCUACCAACUUGACGAAUCAAUUUAUGACGAGCAAGUCGAAAAGGUCCCUCUACUGGAAACUUACUCGCGUAGUAUGGUCCUUGCCCUACAAGCCAGAGAAGAGGCCCAGCUUCCUAAAAAGUAUGUCGCUCUUACUUUGGGUAGCCAUGCUGCAACCAUACCAGGAGCCAUGGAGUACCGCAUGGUUUACGAUAAGCCUGGUGACUUUGAUAUGCUUUACAACUUUCAUAAAAAGCGCGUUCAACAGUUUCAGUCUUCCAAUCCAGAAGCUUUCAAGCAGAUCGACUUUAUGGCAUUCGAAAGUCUUCCACACCUCACUGAGGCUCUUGCCUUGCACAAGCUUUUGACUGACUUCAAGGGUUGGAACAAGCGAUGCUGGAUUACUAGCACUUGCCCUGAUUUAAAAAGUCUUGACCGUGUGAAGCAAAUUCUCACAGCACUUUUGGACACUAAUUCUCAAUAUAUUUGGGGUGUCGGCGUGAAUUGCUGCCACAUUAGCUUACUUCCGACCAUAACAAGCUCCCUCUCGGAACUAUUCAUAAAUCAUCCUGACAAAACUGUCAUGCUGUAUCCUGACGGCCGUGGUUAUCCUAAUCCCUAUACGACUUCUCUUACCUCCGAAGUAAAGCCUGCUCCCUCUCCUCAGGAAUGGGCGGACUCCUCUUUUGAAUACUCUAACUUGAAUGACGGCAAUGUUGUUAUUGGUGGUUGCUGUGAAACAGAUAUCCGCCAUGUUGGUAAUUUAAGAACUAGAUGUCAUUGA